AUAUAUUUCUAUUAUUAUUAUUAUUAGUAGUAUUAUUAAGUGCAGUUAUCAAAAUAAGUUUAUGUGUGGGUUAGAAAUUUAGAGUUCACUAUUUAUUUCAUUAACACUAUGUUUACAUUAAGUCCCAGUAAUCCUACUAAUCCACUACUCUAUUUUAUCAAGUAUGUCUUGUUAUUACUGUAACUAUAUUUAGCAUAAAACCCAUAAAUUCGGUUAUUCCCAAUCAUGAAUUCCCAACUUUGUAUGCAUGUGCGCUCUAUCCACUAAGUUUGUCUUUUACUUCUAUUAAACAGAAAGAGGAUGAAAGGCUGAGAACCCAGUUGCGGCGUGAAAAUCAGCAGCGUAGAAUGCGGGAAAGAAGCCAAGCAAAGGGUCUUAGUGCUAGCUUCCUGGAACCUGAUCGAUAUGAAGAUGAAGGAGAAGAUUUAGAGCAGAGUCUGCUGGCAAUAAAGAAUAAAUACAAGAAAAAGUUGGCCAAAGGUUUGUUGAUAUCAGAUUGAGCCAAAAUGUCUUUUUUUUUUGGUUAUGUUACAGGUCAAAAUUAAAAUCAGGUUAAUUUUUUUUACCUAGGUUGAUUCUCAAUUUCUUUUGUCUGCUACUCCAUGAAUUGUGGCUCAGAGACCAAGGAAAUUGAGAAUUUUCCUAGGUUAAAAAAUUUUAACCUGAAUAUAAUUUUGACCCCUAACAUUUACAGUAAAGUUGAAGCAUUUGUAAGUGACCACCUCUGAAAUUCGAAAAAGUGGUCAAAACAAGAGCUUGUUGCUUACAAGAAUGAGCUCUUGUAAGGGAAAGCUGGGUAAAACAACAGAGAAUGGUCACUUAUGAAGGCUUAAAAAACUCAUUAACAAUUCAUAAAGAAAAGACAAAUAAAUAAAUUGUUUAAUGAGUGUCUAUGUAAGACAUGUCUAACUUGUGGUCGCUAGGGAACCAGAAAUGACCCUUAACUUUUACUGCACUGUAUGUAAGAUCUUUAUCAAUGAACCACCAGUGCAGUGUGCAGUUUAAGUGUUGAUUUAUAUGAAUAAGACUCUGGGUGGGUGCUUAAGAGAGCUUAAAAACAAUUAAAGAAAAGUCUAGUUGAGUAAUCCCAAAAGUGGCUGUGGUCGCUUACAGGAGCCUUCUGUUAUGAGAGGUUUUAUUACAAAGUUGAAAUCACAGUUUGGGUUUUCACAAAGGUGGUUGUAACUAGAGCUGGCCGCUUAUGAGAGUGGUCACAAGGAGAGCUUCAACCAUAUUAUACAGGACAAUCUCUGUGCUACAGGAAAAUCUUGGACUGAAAUGACCGAAAUACUGAUAGAUUUGUAUUGACCAGGGACAGAUUGAGACAAGAUCUCGACAGAAUAACGUGCUGAAACAAAGUUGUUGUUGAUUUUGUUUUCAGGAUUUGGAAGUGAGUCAGAUGAAGUUGAAAGUGAAGGUGCUGAAGGAUUGGAGAGUGAUGAAGAGGAGGAAGAUAAGGAGAGACUGUUGAAUGCAAAGGAAGGUAUGGAAUCAGAAGAUGACAAACUUGAAAGCAGAAAAAGAACCAGUAGUGAAGAUAAGGGUUCCCAGAGAAAAAAGAAAAAGAGUCGACAAAUUGUUGAAAGUGAUGAAGACAGUGAUUAA